AUGUGCCGUUAUGCUGCGCUUCCUCUCAAUCCACAGCUUGGCAUCUCACCUCUGCACUUUUCGGCCAUGAACGGCCACUUGAGCACAUGCGAGGCCCUACUGAAAGCUGGUAUAAGUCGUGAUGCGCGAACGAAGGUGGAUAGGACCCCUUUGCAUCUGGCCGCUCAGGAAGGGCAUGCUGACAUCGUUGAACUUCUGCUGAAGAACGGGGCCGAUCUUGAAGCCAAGGAUAUGCUGCGUAUGACUGCACUCCACUGGGCAGCAGAACGCGGUCACUCGCCGGUUGUCCAAGUUCUUAUGCGUUACGGAGCCAACGUUCACCUUCAGAACAAGUUUGAAAUGACCCCGCUGGAGAUAGCUGAGGCCAAGGGCCAUACCGAUGCUCGGGAUGCGAUGCUGAAUACUCAGCUGGACGUAAUCUCCUCCGUAGGCAAGAUGGCGGCACCAGGUGACAACUUUGCCGACGCGAAUGCCUUUAUCCUGACCGACGAGGAGACGCUGAUCCCGGCGGCCCCACCUGCGGAUGAAGUUACCGUGGUCACUGCCCUGCCCUCAAGCGAAGAGACCGAGACGGCAAUGGCGGCUUCAGCCAUUACCUCUCAGGAGGCUUCCAACUCCUGCUCACUUCCUUGUCCGAUAGUGAAAAGGGAGCCGGAGGAGGAGGACGAUACCAAGAAGACCCUCGGUGAGUGGUCGGAGGCGGUGAGACAACUCACGGACAACAGCAUGGACACCAUCCUAGAGAAUUCGCAAGCAGAACUCAGCCGGGAUUCAGAUGCCUCGACAGACCAGUACUUUGGUGGAAUAAAAUCGGAGGGUCCGCUGCUCGACGAUAUGGCUGUACCCUCACCUUGUCCUGUGGACGCUGAUGUACUGGCGGCUUGUAAAGGAGAUGCGGUAGAGGAUGAAUCUAACCAGAACAUGGUGAGUAUCGAAUGUGUUCUGUGUCUGUUUAGCAUUCUGUGGAACGACCCGGUGACGGUGGUCGCAGUAUUAUUGGUUAUUCGCAUCGACUCCUUGUGUGCUUUUCCAUUAGUUGUAGAAACCCCGGAUGGUCGCUUACUGUAUGUACGGCAAGGGGAGGAGUUUGGGACGACUAGCCUGGCCAUCUUUACUGAAGACGGAACAGCCAUCGAAGACGAGAGCCUCCUUCAGCAGGUCGUUAGUGCUAUUGCUGCUUUCCCAGCCCAGUCACCUCCAGAGACAGAAAUGAAUGCGAAAAAUGGACUCUCUGGAAAUGGUAUUGCCGUCAGCGACUCUCCUGUCUCUAAUCACUCAGCCUGUCGAAAUGGACCACUGAGCCCCACCACUAAAGACGCCAAUUUGGAACCGAUACCAGUGGAGGGUGACAAGAAGGAUAUUCUUGAUCAGCUUGCCCAGUUUGCAGCCGAUCGCAGUCAGCUUGGCAGCAGCCUUUGUAUAGAUGUUACCACAAAUCAGGCCUCUAAAACGCUGCUUCUCGGAUCUUCCUACAUUGCCAACCUACAUAUAUAUUAUUUGCUUGUACACCGAUCUACCUCUCAGGAUGUGCCCGUCCUGGGUCGAUGCUUUCGCGAAUCGGUCCAACCGAUUGUUUCGCAAAGCUAUUAA